AUGGGCGAACAGUUGGCUAAAACAUCAUUGGAAGAUCAAAAACUGAAUAAUGAUGCAGAAGAUAAAAAGAAAGCUAAAGAAGCAGCAAAAAUAGAAAGAGAAUUGCAGAAAAAGAUGGAAUCUAAAGUAAUUAUUACGCGUAUUGCAAGAAACAAACGAAAAUGUGUCACAAAUGUAUUUGGUUUAGAAAAUUUUGCAGCUAAAUCAUUUGCAACAAAGUUCGCUUGUGGUUUAUCAGUUGUUAAGAAUAAUCAAAGAAAUAUUGAAAUUGUAGUGCAAGGAGAUGUUUCAGAUGAUUUAUUUGUUUUUAUAUUAGAGACAUGGUCAGAUGUACCAGAGGAUAAUAUUGAACUCACUGAUUAUAUUGAUCAAUAUAAUACUCGAUCUAAUAAUCAUUUUUCAAAGGUUUUUCCGCAGGUUUUAUAUAUUGAUAUUGAUAUUCAUCACAGCAAUAGUGUACAAGAAGCAUUUUACGAAACAGAUCAAGAAGCAGCAAAAAAAACAUGUAUCAAAAAUUCAAGUGCAGAUGAGAAAAUGUAUCAAAGUAACGACAGACCAGAAUCAGCUG